ACGCGCCGGUCGAGUAUAAAUGCCGCGGACGCCUGGGUUUAAAAAUUAGUUGUUCACUCGACUGUCGUCGCGCUCGCACUCAGAGCGUAACUUGGUGAUUUUCCGUGAUAUUCUUAACCAAUCUUGACAAUGUCCGGUCGUGGUAAAGGUGGCAAGGUUAAGGGGAAGGCAAAGUCCCGGUCCAACCGUGCCGGUCUACAGUUCCCCGGACGUAUCCACAGGCUGCUGCGUAACGGUAACUAUGCAGAGCGCGUCGGUGCCGGAGCGCCUGUCUACUUGGCCGCCGUGAUGGAGUACCUGGCCGCUGAGGUUCUCGCCGGUAACGCGGCCAGAGACAACAAGAAGACCAGGAUCAUCCCGCGUCAUCUGCAACUGGCCAUCCGCAACGACGAGGAAUUGAACAAGCUCCUAUCCGGCGUGACCAUCGCUCAGGGUGGUGUGCUGCCUAACAUCCAGGCCGUGCUGCUGCCCAAGAAGACCGAGAAGAAGGCUUAAGCGUUGCUUCGAUGGGAUAAUAUUGUGUGGUGUAUAUAUGCAUGCGUGCAUUCAUUCGCGCCAUGCACUCGUAUACCUAUUGCAAUAUUGUAUCGCGUCGGACGCGCUGAGCUCGUCGCCCUCGUAUGCAACACAUACAAACAAAAGGCCCCUUUCAGGGCCACAAUAUGAUUCGUCGAUACAUAAUCCAAUGUUAAAAGACAGUUUCUUUAUCAGUGUCGUCUCAAAACGUACAAGUACAACGCUGUACUGACUAGGCAUAUUAAUUACGUGUGCUAGGAUGUUACUCGACACUGCGCUG